GAGAGGGCAGGAGGAGGAGAAAGGUGGUCUGCAGUUUCCCCUCCAGUGAAAAGUGACUGUGGCAUGGUCUCUGCUGUCAACAGUUUUUCCCUCACUGCAGGCCCCUCCCAGGCCACAGCUAGAGUGGGCAGAGGUCGUGGUGAGGAGGGACAGCAGCAAGCAGGUGCCUGGGAGUGAGCGGUGGGCAGGGGCCAGAGGCGUGGGGUGUGGCUGCCAUGAGACACAGGCUCCUGACUCAGGGCCUGGCUUGGUUCACCUUUCCGGUUGGAAGUGUUCCAGGCCACGGGCAGGUGUGCCUAGUGGCUCCUCCCCAAGGGAGGACCAGGCUCAGCCACAUCUCUCUGGCCACUCUGAGGCCUCCAUCCACAUAAAAGGAAGCGGGAGAGAAAGAAUCAAAGUGGAAGAGGAAGGAGACAGGGAGAGAGGUGGUGCAGGGCGACCGGGGACAGAGGGCGAGUCCCAGGAGGGGCCUCUCGUGCCCUCCAGUAAUAGCAUCUGGAUGCCUGCUGUGGGACCCUCCAGCACCAGGCACCGACUCACACUCCCUUCAUCCCAGCCUCAGCUCCAAGAGGAAGAGGGGCUCAUCCCUAUGCUACAGCCAAGAACAUUGAGCUCAGGGAAAACAGUCAGGCUGGUCCUUGGCAAAACUUCCAGCUCCACAGCUCUUCCCGAUCAGCCUCCAUCACAGCCCAGCGCCUCCCCACCAGCUCUGGUUCCAAUAAUAACACUGGCUCCUCAAACUUCCAACCCAAGGAACGGUUUCUGCCAAGAAACCGUGCCUUGGGAGCUGACACUACUAGUGAAGCAGAAUUCCAGCGGUUCUCCAGGGGCUGCGCUGUCACAAAGACACUCAAGCUGCCUGUGGCGAGGCCCAUACGGGGAGCAUCUAAAGUCCCAAAAACAGCUGGUACCAACUCGCCAACCAUCUGGGAAGAAGACCCUCCAGCCCCAGUUAAGCUUGCAAAUGGCUGUGGCUCUGGCUGAUGUCUUAACUGCAACCUCUUGAAAGACUCCAAGCCAGAACGUUCCUGAAUUUCUCACUCCCUAAAACUGUGAGAUAUAUUAAAUGUAUAUUGUUGUUUUAAAUUUCUACGUUUUAGAGUGAUUUGUAACAUAGCAAUGGAUAACUAACGUAUGUCCUAUUGCCUUCUGAAACAGUUUUGAAACUGCAUAUAGGUAAAGUCAUAGCUAUAACUAAAUGAAAAGCUAUUAGAACAGGAUUUGAAAGAAGAUAGAGAAAUAAUAAAUAGGGUAGGUAUAGGGAGGAGUCUGGCUGUACUAGAAAGCCUAGCUAAAGACAAAACAUAGCUCUAGGCUCCUUGUAAGCCAGGGCAAAAAUGCAAACUUGAUGGGUCACAUUAAAACUUUUUGUGGUGCUGGUAGUGACUGAAUGAGGAUGUGCAUUUGACAUGUGGACCUUUAGGGAAACAGCAUCACCCCACCUGGUGGGUGGUGCCUUGCAGACACUCGGCCUACUGUAGAUCAGACUGUGUGUGUUUGAAAUGGUAAACACAGCAGUGCAUACGGUUCACUUACAACCAUGCACCUUCUGACAGUUUUCAGGAAUUCCUGGCAUAAACAGAAAAAGAUAUAUACAUAUCAUAUUUUAAAAAUAUAACUUUUUACAUAGGUACUAGGUUUUUUGUUUUUUGUUUUUUUU